AUGAUUCCCUCACAACGCUUCCUUCUCGCCGCAGCGGCAUCUGUCUACGUAGUGUUGCCUGCUACAGCUCAAUGCCCUACUUCAGUCAGGAAAAUCAACGAUGGCAAUGUCACAUUCAACGCGACCGGAGACACCUCAGUCACGUUUGUCGAGAAGGAUCCUUGGCAUCUUUCAUUGACCAUCGAAGACUCUCGUCGAGAAAACACGCGUUACGGCUCAGAAUGGAACACGCUGCAAGACUUGGGUGUUUUUCUUAGCGUCCCAGAGUCAUUCAUCGGCACAAGGGAUGGCAAUCGGACCCAAGUCUGCACGUAUCGAAUGGAAGGCCAGAAUGCGACUUCUGAUGUCGAAGACAACAGUGCAAAGCUGUCUUGCAACGGCAUACUGAGUGAAGAUUGCCAAAAGGCGUUGCGAAGUGUUUCAGCCCCAAAGGAUGGAGAAUGCCCGUCAGCACCAUCAAGCGUGGCUGAGGCCUGUGGAGAAUCGAUCAAUAUCUGGACCUCCGUUCCUCUGAAUUUUUCAAGUUCCAACUGCUCAGUUGAUGAGCUUCCAGGUGUUAGUCUGCCCGAUGACUACGAAACCUUUCAACUUUCCGGAGGUGGCCUUGUCCCUCCUGAUGCAGAGAGGGACUCAUUCGAGGUUUAUGACUUGCGCGUUCAACAACCCAUCCCGAUCCUCCUGUCAGUCCGGCUCCCUGAUGGCAAGGCUAAUGCUGAAGUCAUAUGCCUGGCUCCAAGCAACAUUACCCAGAGCAGCCGUAAGCCAGAGGCAGAGUUUCCACCUAAUGCUGCCGGUAGUUUGGAGCCAAGGGGGGCUUUCGUGUUUGCGGUGGCGGCUGUGUGUGUUGUGGGAAUGGUUCUGGCGCCUUGA